GAAAAAAUAUUGCCAAUUUUUAUAUAAGCAGAAUUUUGUAAAAAUGUGACAUUUUUUAAAUUGAAUACACAAUUAUAAUUGUUAAACGUUUUUAUUAUAUUGAAUUGUACUUAAUCAUUAUACCACCGAUAUGUGUUAUCUAGUUAUAUAGUUUAUUAAAAACGCAAGAAACAUGCGAUCAUUCAAACGAAUAUGAUAAGCGCGUGGUAGUUCGCAUAUUAUUAUCAUCAUGCAGAUAAUCCCUACCAGAGGAAGAAUACGAUAUUCUUGGAGAGGGGUAUUACAUAUUUUAACAACAUGCGAAGAUACUGACAGCAAAAAAAGAUUAUAUCGAAUCUUGUAUGUACACGCGAAGAAAGUCUUCCAAUAUUGUACUGAAAUGGCUGCUUUGAAAUUCUUAACAUCGGAGCAGAAGCAAUUCUGGGAAGAGAAUGGUUAUAUUAAAUUAACGAAUGUGUAUUCUUCGAAGGAAAUAAACGAGAUAUCAGACGCUUAUAAUGAUUUGUUCGAGAGAAAGCGUCGCGAAAAUCUGGCGGGCUUGGAAUCAGCUUGGGUCGGCGAAGAGAUGAAGAAAGCAGCUGGAUAUAUCGAUUACACUGUGAAGUCUAUUCACAAUCUGCAAAUGCAUAGCGCGGUCUUCACUCGAACUAUCACGCAUCCAAAUCUAUUGGACGCCCUUGAAGAUAUCAUGGACACACCGGACAUCCUGUUGCAUCACACGAAAGCGCACGUAAAACCGCCGGAGAAAGGCGCGCCUUACCUGAUGCAUCAGGACUACCACUAUUUUCCUCACAAGAAACACACGAUGCUGGCGGUGUUUCUACACUUGGACGACACGACGCCGGAGAAUGGCGGUUUAGCGGUGUAUCCUGGCAGCCACAAGCUCGGCCCAUUAACAGACCAUGGCUUGACCGAUGAGAAAGGCGAUCAAUAUCAUUACGUCAACCCCGAGGAAUAUCCUUUAUCGAAAGCUAUACCGGUGUCGGCCAAGAAAGGAGAUAUCAUUGUCUUCUCUUACUUAUUGCUUCACGGCUCGUACUUAAAUUUGUCGUCCAAGAGCCGACGUAUGUUCCUGAUGCAAGUACGAGCCGCCGACGACGAGCCGACCAAGGACGUGCACAAGUCUCAUUGCCAAGGCCUGGUGCUUCGCGGGAGAAACGUUUACAGAGAGGCGACGAUGGCCAGCCGAUUUUCGCAUUAAUCGGAUCACGGUAAACCAUGAUCCGCUAAGUGCGAAUAUUUGCUCUACCUAUUUCAACCUGGUUAUAAGGAAAGCGCGAGAAAAAUCAAGAGAGUGAAUCUAAACAAGUUUCUUCGUUUAUGAAUGAGACUGAACGCAGCGCGAUGAUAUUUUGUUCUUGAUAUUUGAAGCUUCACAUUGAGUGCAGAGAAAUGCUUGAUCUGAGGUUUGUUCUUUCGCUCUGCACUGCUGCACUGGUGCAACAAGUUAGAGUGAGACAAAUAUAUAUUUGU